AUGGAAGAAGACGAAGCCGGUCCAUCCCGGGAAUGUGUUAACCCGUGGCCCCACCUCGCCAGCCUAUUUAAAUUUUCCGAACAAGUGAAUGAUAGUUUUCGUUUCAAGUGUUUGCUCUGUUUACCAAAACAGAACUUCAUCACCGCCUACAAGAAUUCAUCCUCCAACUUGCGGAAGCAUGUCAAGAGAAGGCAUGAGACACAUCUGGAGGAAUACUGUCAACUGACUUCAACAGCCUGCAAGAGGCCAUCAGAAGGUGGAACAGGCUUCAAGGCGAAGCAACUGAAGCUGUUGGAGACCAAGCAGGUGUCUCAGAAGACGGUUGAUCGGGCUAUCCUCCGCUUCAUCAUUCAAGGUCUCCAGCCCUUCUCCCUGGUUGAGAAACCAUCCUUUCAAGACCUUAUUGUAGAAUUGCAACCGAGAAGUGCUGUCAUGUCCCGCACAACUGUGCGGCGUAACAUUGAUUCAGCUACAUCUAAAAUGAAAGAAAGUCUCAAGAAAGAAAUGAAAAAGGUACCAUACAUUGCCACCACUACUGAUUGUUGGACGGCCAGGAGAAGGAGCUUUAUAGGUGUAACAGCCCACUGGCUCGAUCCUUGCAGUUUUGAACGCCGUUCAGCUGCCCUUGCUUGCCGUCAACUGAGGGGCUCCCACACAUUCGAUGCCUUGGCAGCUGUUUUGACCGACAUUCAUGCAGAGUAUGAAAUAAGUCUAAAGGUUGUUAGAACUACAACAGACAACGGGUCGAAUUUCGUCAAAGCGUUCCAUGUCUUUGGUCAGCAGGACGAAAAUAACAAUGAAGAGUUAGUUGCAGAAGGCACAAUCGAAGAAGAAGUAGGAGAAGAUUGUGAUGCAUCUGAUGGUGAAGAAGAGGUGGAACUCAUUGAUGUGGAAGCCAUUCUGGAGGAAGAUGAUGGGCUUCAGUAUCAGCUGCCAAAACAUCAUCGGUGUGCAUGUCACUUACUAAAUUUAGUUUCCACAGUCGAUGUUGAUUGGGCUAAUACGACAGAAGCUUACAAGAAAUUGUCCAGAUCAGCCUUUUCUAAGUGUCAGGCACUCUGGAAUAAAGCAUCGAGGUCUCCUCAAAAUGCAGAGCUUAUAGAGGAACACUGUAAGCUUCACUUGGUACAGCCUAAUUCAACUCGAUGGAACUCGUCUUUCAUGGCCGUGGAACGUGUGGUCAGAAUCAUUAGAGACCAAGGACAGGGGUCUGUGAGAACGGUCUGUGCUGCACUCAAUGUUCCAAUGUACAGUCCGGCUGACAUAGCCUUUUUAGGGGAAUAUGUCACCACCAUGAGUCCAGUUGCGAAGUCCUUGAACAUACUACAAGGUUUGAGGAAGCGGUUUGAGAGCAUGAUGUCAGAGCCAGAGCUAAUUGCAGCAGCCAUACUUGUUCCAAGGUUCAAAACCUCCUGGACCAGCAAUGACACAGUCCUACAGCUUGGCCUUAGUUACAUCAAGACACAUCUGCCAGAACACGAUGAAGGUCUUCGGUCUCCUGGUACCACAGCAUCCUCUUCUGAUGAAGAUGAUGACUUCUUCUCCAAUGUCAAGCAGACACAUUCCCAUGAGAUAAGUAAGCAACUUGAUGGAUACCUAGCCGCUACAGCUGAUGGAGUGAAUACACUGGCCCCCUAUCCAGCUGUGCGUAACCUCUCACUAAAGCUCAACACAGCCCUGCCAGCUUCAGCAGCGUGUGAAAGGCUUUUUAGCAUUGCCGGUUUGCUUUUCACCCCAAGAAGGGGAUCAAUUCAUUCACAGAAUUUUGAGAAUCAACUUCUCCUCAAGUUGAACAAGGACUUCAUGACAUUUGAUUGA